CACGAUGGCCAAUGCCCAUAAAUAUCAUCCCAACCUCCGCCCUGUUCAUGAAACUAAACAUUCGUUCUUCUCCAGCUCCGAAAAUAUCCAACCUCCGAUAAACACACAGACCACAACACACCAAAAUCACACGCUCCCGGCUCGGCGGAGAACUAUUCUGGCGCUCUCCGCCAUGAACGCCGCGCGAGCUCUCGUCCUCUCCCUCACCCUAUCUCCCGAUUUCUGCUGUAGGACCUCGCCCGAUAUUUCGGGUUCCAGGACGAGUUUCGGUUCUGAAUCGAAGCACAACCUCAAGAGACGUGUUCGGGUUCGGUUCCUGUCCACGGAGCCACGGGCGUUCGUUCUCCGCGUUUCGGCCUGGAAUUUUUUGGGCGGAUCGAAGGGUUCGGUUCGGAGGGGAAUCGGGAAACUGCGGGCGGAUGUGAAAUCGGAGCCUUACGACAUUGUGGACUCGGCUCCGGAGUCGGUGAAGUUCCCGGAGGCGUUGGACGACGUUGUUUUGGGGGAGGAUGACUUCAUAGGCGGAGUGCCCUGGUGGGAACAGUUUCCGAAGCGAUGGGUUGUUGUGAUUUUGUGCUUCUCGGCUUUUCUGCUCUGCAAUAUGGAUAGAGUAAAUAUGAGCAUUGCCAUACUUCCAAUGUCAGCAGAGUUCAACUGGAAUCCAGCCACUGUUGGUUUGAUACAGUCUUCCUUUUUCUGGGGUUACCUCCUCACUCAGAUUGCUGGAGGCAUAUGGGCUGACACCGUCGGCGGAAAGAUUGUUUUGGGAUUUGGUGUAGUUUGGUGGUCUAUUGCUACAGUCCUCACACCAAUAGCUGCUAAGAUCGGAUUGCCUUUCUUGCUUGUAGUUCGUGUUUUCAUGGGGAUCGGUGAGGGUGUUGCGAUGCCAGCCAUGAAUAAUAUCCUGUCAAAAUGGGUUCCUGUGGCAGAGAGGAGUAGGUCAUUGGCACUGGUAUACAGUGGGAUGUAUCUUGGAUCAGUGACUGGCCUGGCUUUUUCACCAUUUUUAAUACAUAAGUUUGGCUGGCCAUCAGUAUUUUACUCCUUUGGUUCUCUAGGAACUGUUUGGUUUGCAGUGUGGCUGAACAAGGCAUACAGUUCCCCUCUUGAAGAUCCUCUGCUGCGGCCUGAAGAAAAGAAACUGAUUGUUGACAGCAGUGCUUCCAAGGAACCUGUUAAAACAAUACCUUGGAGAUCUAUUCUGUCAAAGCCACCUGUAUGGGCGCUAAUAGUGUCUCACUUCUGUCACAAUUGGGGGACAUUUAUUAUACUCACAUGGAUGCCAACAUACUAUAACCAGGUUUUGAAGUUCAAUCUUACAGAAUCUGGGCUUUUUUGUGUUCUACCCUGGCUUACAAUGGCAUUUUCUGCAAAUGUUGGAGGGUGGAUAGCAGACACACUUAUCAGUAAAGGUUUAUCUGUUACCACAGUUCGCAAGAUCAUGCAGACGGUUGGAUUUCUUGGCCCUGCUUUCUUCCUAACUCAGUUGAGCAACAUUAAUUCCCCUGCAAUGGCUGUUCUGUGCAUGUCUUGCAGCCAGGGAACCGAUGCAUUCUCACAGUCGGGUCUAUAUUCAAACCAUCAAGAUAUUGCUCCUCGAUAUGCCGGAGUAUUGCUUGGCCUAUCCAAUACUGCUGGAGUUCUUGCUGGUGUCUUUGGAACGGCAGCUACUGGCUACAUCUUGCAACAUGGUUCUUGGGAUGAUGUCUUCAAGGUUUCAGUUGGGCUCUAUUUGGUCGGAACUGUGGUCUGGAACCUCUUUUCAACUGGUGAGAAAAUACUGGAUUAAGUACCGGAUAAAUCGAUCGUCACUACGAAUGCUAGCAGCUUCCCAUACCAUAUUGCUAGAAGUGAUCAGAGUGCUUCUGAGAAGAAGGCAACUUGAUACAAGACUCAAUUGGGAUAUGGGAAGGAGAGGAAGCUGAUCUUUUGAGAUAUCUGAGCUUCAGGAGUUGGUGAUAUUUUUCAAUCAACAACGAGAGAGGAGCUUGGAACCUACGAGGAUAGCUAUUUCAAGAUGAUACAAUGGUUGCUUCUCUCAUGCUAUCUCAAGGGUGGAAAGAUGUACAUGAAAUAACCUUACAGGGCUGUAUAUGUUACACUCAAUACUUCCAACACAAAAAAUUUUCCCAGUAUGCUGCAAAUUUGUCAAACAAAAUUUCCAUCAAUAUCCAUUUUCCCUUCUUUUGCUGCGGUAA